CCAUCCCCAACCACCGAAAGCAAUCUCCAAAACCCCCUUCACAAUGAAAGCCGGUUCGACCACAAAACUAAUCUGCAAACAACCCAACCAUCGCUGCUUCCAAAACGACAUAACCACUACCCUUACCUCUAUAGAGCAGGCCCCGCACUCCACCGACCACGUGACGAGAAGCGUAACAGCAAGCGGCCUAGGCGGCUUCACCACGCACAUAUCGCUCAUCGAAGCAAACGCCGUGUCCAUCGACUACUACUUCUGCCGGGAAAACGGCGCGGAUGCAAAUUACUCCAUGGUUGUUGUAUGGGGCGGCGCUAUCGUGAUUGCUGCGGAGGCGGGGGAGACGGAGGCGGUUAGACUUUUGCUGGAGAGGGGGGAGGAUGUGAAUGAGGUGGGAGUAGGUCACCCGACGGAUCCGAGAGUGAUUGAGGAAAUGGGGACUGCGCUGCACAAGUCGGUUACUGAGGGACACGUGGGGACUGUUAAACUGUUGCUUGAGCAUAGCUCUGAUGUUAACCUCCAGGAUAUACAAAGGCGCACACCAUUAGCCUUAGCCACACGUCCGGAGAUUGCUGUUUUGCAUCGAGAUAGCGGUACGAAGCAGGGACGCGGAAGAGCAGAUAUACCUGAGCAGGAUGCAAAUUAA